AUGAAAAUUUGGAACAAGGAGCAGUUUGGGGACACCUUUAAAAGGGUCCAGAAGAUAGAAUCUGAGCUUAACAAGCUCGAAUCUGAAUCUGAGCACAGGCAGAUGACUUUCCAAGAAAAUAUGACAAGGAAGAAGUUGCAGCAAGAUCUCUGGUCAGCAGCCCAAGCUCACGAGUCUUUAAUGAGGCAGAAGGCGAGAUCGCGUUGGAUUAAGGAGGGGGACUGUAAUUCUCGGUAUUUCCACCUGUUGAUUAAUUCGCAUCGAAGGUUUAAUGUUCUAAAUGGUGUAAAUAUUAACGGAUCCUGGGUUGAUAAUCCAUCUAGAGUAAAAGAGGAAGUUCGUAGCUUCUUCCAACAGAGAUUUCAAGAAACUAUGAGCAACAGACCAGUUUUGAAUGGCACCACUUUUCACACCAUCGGGGAUCAGGAUAACCAGCUGUUGGUGGGUAGAUUUAGUGAGGAAGAAGUCAGGAAAGCAGUUUGGGAUUGCAAUGGUGAUAAGAGCCUGGGACCCGAUGGUCUCAAUUUAAAAUUUAUCAAGCUUUUUUGGCAGACUAUAAAACCUGAUGUCCUCCGCUUUCUGGACGAAUUCCAUGCUAAUGGUAUCAUCCCAAGGGGAGCUAAUGCUUCUUUCAUUGCCUUAAUUUAG